AUGCAUUGUUCCACAGGGGAACACGUGGAUACCGCUAGUCCGCGGCCAGUGCCAGGGCGUUUCCGCCCGACAGACAGAUGUCGUGGCCAGACAGAUGUCGUGGCCAGAGGCCACGGGUCAGCAGCUGAAGCUCUUGUCCCCUCAAGCAGAGUAAGGCGCGAGGGCAUAAGAGUGUUUCGCUUUGCGCGGCUAAGAGUACAGCGUGUGCGCACGUUUUGUGGUCUCAAGGGCUUCACGACGAGCUCCAUUGGAGUCGCGCGCGAGUCCUCUACGAGCCUUUUUGAAGCAAUCUUGAGACACUCAGCCCGACUCAGCUACUGCGCUGGGAUCAGCGCGUGCCGGAAGGGCGAGCAGUGGCAGCGGGCGCUGGCGCUGCUGAGCGAGAUGUGGGAGGUGAGGUUGGAGCCCGACCUGUGGAUUUUCCUCGGGUUCACACUAAGCGCGUGCGGAAAGGGCGGGCAGUGGCAGCCGGCGCUUGCGCUGCUAAGCGAGACGUGGGAGGCGAAGUUGGAGCCCGACGUCAUCAGCUACGACGCUGGGAUCAUCGCAUGCGAGAAGGGCGUGCAGUGGCAGCGGGCGCUGGCGCUGCCGAGCGAGAGCUCGAACCCGACGUAA